AUGACUCAGCACCUCGACAUUGCCGUAUUGUGCAUGGGUACGACAGAUUUUAUGCUUAAAAUUAUGGGUACUUAUGUAUUGAGCACUGGUUGCAGAGGGAGCUACGAUGUGAUUCGAUCCUUAAUAGCGCCUGACUGUCCGAAAUUCGUGGCCAAGAAAGCGUCGAACUCUGGUAGCGCUCGGGACAAGCCUGCGGUCGCUGGACCUCGAUUUAGAAUCCCAGUCCGGUCACUGAUGAGUCCGGCGCAGCUGGAAGUGAAAUGUGUCGCGGACGAGGCGUGGUAUAAUGCCGAUGUCGAGAUUUUAGACCAGGGCAUCCUCGUGCGGUACGACGGCUUCGACGAGGAUGACGAGUUUUGGGACAUAGCCUACUUGAGGAAACACGCAGGCCAUGUCCAGGAUGUGAUCAGACUCUCGUCCUCCCAGCUUCAGGACGAGCAAUGUCGUUCCGUCAAAGAAGGGAUGGUCGUUUGUGCUCGGGGCGUUCUUGAAAACGACGACGAAGAAGAAGACGGCGAGAAGGAAGAAGAGGUGAAGUACUUCGACGCGCGAAUCGUGAAUGUUGCUCGAAACCCCCACACCUUCGACGAGGAAGAAGAGCGCUGCACCUGUGUUUUCGAGGCGUACUGGAUAACCGGUCCGCACAAGAAGGAAUUCGGCAGCCCUUACAAUUCCGUGUUUUUCACCUGUGCAGACAUUUGUCUACUUAAUCCCGAGCACGUCGUCUCUCACCCUGUUGUUCAAAAUCUAUUGCACAUGGUAGGCAUCAGUUCGCAAGUGUUGUCGGAUCACUCUGAGAAAUCUCACCCCAGUACUAGCUUUACAGGCCCGAGUAGGAGCAGGGAAGCGAGCAGUAAGGAAGAUAAACCACUAGAUUCCGAGCAAUCAGGAAACCCGGAUUUGGAGUCAGUGCUCCAAGAAGGCAAGCGAAAGAGAUUUCCCAAGCCAUAUGCUGUGCGAGACGCAGUACCAGGUAUGCGAAUUCGUGGAUGUAGAGCUGCUCGAGUGCCCGAAAGACGAAAGGUAGAAAAACCUGCAGCUGAGUUGGAGAUGUUGCAUCCUGUUACAGUCCUGUCUGAUUCUGAGAGUGAUGAAGCAGAGGUGGAGGAGGACACCUGGCCUUCCUCUGGCCAGUCGUCCUCUGGCUAA